AUGCUCUUACUGGGUGCGCUAGAGUCCGCUGCUGAACCGUCGAGCUGUUACCAGCAGUGGAAAAACCCUCUGAUGGGUGAGACGGGGUUCUGCCUCAGCAUCUCAGCGCUUCCUGUCUCCUUCCUCUCCGCCGUUCUCCCCCCCCCCCCCCAGGGUGGUACGCUGAUCCAGUACGAGGACCACCUGAGGCUGCUGGAGAUCGCCCAGGUGCCGAAGGCCAACGUCGACGAGUUCAAGUCCGUCACCAAGUUCAAGAUCUUCAACACCAACAACCUGUGGAUCUCUCUGCCCGCCAUCAAAAGGCUGCAGGACGAGAACGCCAUGGAGCUGGAGAUCAUCGUCAACCCAAAGACGUUGGACGGCGGUCUGAACGUCAUCCAGCUGGAAACGGCCGUGGGCGCCGCCAUCAAGAGCUUCAACAACGCGCUGGGCGUGAACGUCCCGCGCAGCCGCUUCCUGCCGGUGAAGACGUCGUCCGACCUGCUGCUGGUGAUGUCCAACCUGUACAGCCUGGACGCCGGCUCGCUCACCAUGAGCAAGAAGAGAGAGUUCCCCAGCACGCCGCACGUCAAGCUGGGCAGCUCCUUCACCAAGGUUCAGGAGUUCCUGUCCCGGUUCGAGAGCAUCCCAGACAUGUUGGAGCUGGACCACCUCACUGUGUCGGGAGACGUCACCUUCGGGAAGAACGUCUCUCUGAAGGGAACCGUCAUCAUCAUAGCCAAUCACGGGGACCGGAUCGAUAUUCCCGCCGGAGCGAUGCUGGAGAAUAAGAUCGUUUCAGGAAACCUGCGGAUCCUCGACCACUGAGGCCUUCUGGGAA